CCCGGGCACACCUGAGCCAGGGAAAAUGGAGCCUCCCCGCGAGAGCCGGGCAGCGCUGCCCCCCGGGGUGCCCCGAGUGCCGGGCCGGCUGCUCCCCACGUGCCCGGCCCCGGCUCUGACCGGCUGUGAGCUCUGGUGACCGGCUGCCCCUGCCCCUUGGGCAGCCUGGACCCCGGAGGGGCGAGUGAUGCCAGGGGUCGGGGCUGGCAGAGCUGCCCCGACGGGGCACGGAUCCGUUAGUCUGAUGACCCCAGGCUGCCCCCCGGCCCAAGUCCCUCGCCCAGCUGCGCGAGGGGCCUGGCCGCGGUCCCAUGCACCUGUGGCCCGGGGGGAGCUGGUUCACGCUGGCAGCACCAGCCGACCUCUCGCCCACCUGGUGACAGAGUCGCUGCUUUUGGCAGAUGGAGCCGGCUCACCGUGGGAACAAGGACCAGGGACCGGCCUCGGCCAUGGGGGCCCCGUCUCUAUCGCCGAGGGGCUCCAUCACCGCCACCUCCCCGGGACUGUUUGCUCCCCUCAUGGCCCCGUUCGGGGCGGAGGGCUCAGUUCGGUUCCAGCCGGAGGGCUCCAGUGGGCCCAUCUCAGCAGCGUACCCCGGGGGGAACCUCCCCCUGGGGCACAGCGGCUCCAGGCCCGACACCCUCUUUGACCCUUUCCAUCCCAUCUCCCCUCGCUCGCAGCCCGAGGGCUCCCAGCACGUGGGGCCGGAGGAGAGGUCCCCGGGCAGGCACAGCCAGUCCCUGGCGCUGGAGAGCAGCAGAGCCCAGCCCGACGGCUCAGGUGGGGCCCAGCUGUUCAGCUUGCUGUCCCCGGUGGAGUUUUGCCCGCUGUCCCCGGGCACUGGCAGCCCCUCCUCCCGCCCCAGCCCGGCGCCCGCUGGGAAGCUCAGCCAGUCGCCCAGCCGAUCCACACACCCCGAACUCUGCCCCCUGGAUCAAGGGCCCUCUGGGCAGAUGCUCCCUGUGGAGCGGAAAGAGGCACUCCCCAAGGCAGAGUCCAGUGACUAUAUCUCCGGGGGCAGAACUAGCUCGUCCCCCAGACCCGUGAGCCUCCCCAAAGCCAUCUCCAGCGAGUUCCUCUCCGGGGGAAGGAUCGGCCCCUCCAAGUCCAUGGCCCUGGCCAAGGUCGAGUCUGAGGAGUUCCCCUCCUACGGGAGGAGCAGCCCGUCCCUCGCCCUGCCUGGCUGCAUGGACCCCCCCGAGGCUCCCGUGAGCCGGCUGGGCAAGGCCAAGGAGAACGGCGCGUUCUGGAUCACCGUGGUCACGUGGAACGUUGGCACAGCCAUGCCCCCGAGCGAUGUGACCUCCCUGCUGCACCUCAACACGGGUGACACAAACGACACCGACAUGAUCGCCAUUGGGCUGCAGGAAGUGAACUCCAUGAUCAACAAGCGCCUGAAGGACGCCCUCUUCACAGACCAGUGGAGUGAGCUCUUCAUGGACGUGCUGAGUCCCUUCAACUUUGUAUUGGUGAGCACGGUGCGGAUGCAGGGUGUGAUCCUGCUGGUGUUUGCCAAGUACUAUCAUCUCCCCUUCCUGCAGGACAUCCAGACGGACUGCACCAGGACCGGGCUGGGCGGCUACUGGGGCAACAAGGGCGGGGUCAGCGUGCGGCUCUCCAUCUUUGGCCACAUGGUCUGUUUCCUGAACUGCCACCUGCCAGCUCACUUGGAGAAGGCCGAGCAGCGCAAGGAGGAUUUCACCACCAUCCUCAACAUGCAGCAGUUUGAGGGACACGUAGCCAGCGGCAUCCUGGACCACGACAUCGUCUUCUGGUUUGGGGACCUCAACUUCCGCAUCGAGAGCCUAGACAUCCGCUUUGUGAAGUACGCCAUCGACAACAGCAUCCUGAGCCAGCUGUGGGAGAAGGACCAGAUCCUUAAGAAAUGCAUACAGGAAACUGAAGCACCCACACAGUAUUCAGAGAAAACAUUAAGAACAUUCCACUUUGUCACGCUGCCCUGCAGUGAUGUGGCCACCCUGUGUUCUUGCUCCAUGAACAAGCUGAACAUUGCCAAAGGCACCUGGCCCAUCCUGAGCGGCUUCCAGGAGGGGCCCCUCAACUUCCCGCCCACUUUCAAGUUUGACGUGGGGACCAACCAGUAUGACACCAGCGCCAAGAAACGGAAACCAGCCUGGACCGACCGCAUCCUCUGGAAGAUCAAGUCCUGCGGCGCCCCGCACAACCCCGGCGGCCGGAGGCCCAGCAGGACUGUCCUGGCCGUGACCCAGCUCUGCUACUGCAGCCACAUGGAGUAUGUGGUGAGCGACCAUAAGCCUGUGGCUGCCAUCUUCGCCGUGCAGUUUGCCUCCAAGACCGACAAGCCUUUGGUUGAGAUUCAAGUGGCCGACGAGUGGUCAAGACCCGAGCAAGCCAUUGUCCGAUACAAGAUGGCCACCGUCUUCCACAGGAGCUCCUGGGACUGGAUAGGCCUCUACCGGGUAGGCUUCAGGCACUACAAGGACUACGUGGCGUACGUGUGGGCCAAACAAGAGGACCCAGAGGGCAGUGUGUACCAGGUGGUGUUUUCGGAGGAGGCGCUACCCAAAGGGAAGGGCGAAUACAUUCUCGGUUACUACGGCAACAACUACAGCAGCAUCACUGGGGUGACAGAACCCUUCCAGAUCUCGCUGCCCACGUCGGAGGACGGCAGCAGCCAGACAGACAGCUCGAGCACCAGCUCCGAGGAGGAGGACAACAGCACCCUGGUCCUGCUGGCGCCCAAGUCCCGCAGCCCCAGCCCUGGCAAGAUGAAGAGCCACCGAAGCCGCAGCCCCAGCCUCCCCAAGUUCCAGGGGCUCAUCCUGAGGCCGAUGAGCCACGAACGGGGGGCCAGCCGCAGCCCGUCCCCGCAGAGCCGACGCCCCCUGAAGGGCGACAUCCCCAGCAUCCAGCUGCCAAAGGAGGAGCUGCCCUGGCGCAACACCAAGAGCAAGGAGCCAGCGCGGGCUGCCGAGAGCCAGGAGAACAGCCGUGCCCCUGGCUACAGGACUGCGGGGGAGCCCUGCGGUGCCUGGUGCCUCUCUGACAACAACCCCCUGGCCAGAGCCAAGCCCAGGAACCUCGGCCUGCUGCCCGCGCUCCGCCUGGAGACUGUCGACCAGGCCAUGGGCCCAAGGAGGGCGAGCGCAGACCAGGGCUACCCUGCCAGGAGGAUGAGCCCCACCAGCCCCACCACUGGGGCCGCCAAUCUGUUCAGCACCUCCCCCAAGGAGGGGAGCAGCUCCAGGGACAGCCAGGACCCUCUGCCAGCUGCAGCCACUGGAGUCACUCAGGGCCGAGCAGCUGGCACUGGGCAGUGAAUGCUGGGCCUGGCCACUUGCAGUGACCCCGUGUAGAGCUUGCCGCGUUCUUCCCCGUGUGCUGCCUCUCUUGCCCACACUGGGCCACCCCAGGUGCUCUGUGAUCCGUCCCUGCUGGUGUGAUGUAGGCAACGGCCGUUAGCGACCCACACGCCCUGCCCAGGUCCAGGCAUUGGCCACUGCACGGACACUGCUCCCCACACACACUCACUCACACUCACUCCCCACUCACACUCUGUGAUCCGCCCGCCGGGUCCUGUAGUGUGAGUGUAGUGAGGCCCCAGCAGGGCCGCUGGGUCCAUUCCUCCUGUUCGCUGUUCCAGUCGUGAAACCCUCCGCCCCAGGUUGUGUGCUUGGGCCCCAGCUCCGGUUCCAUCAGCUGAGAGACGGCGCCUUGGGGCUGGGCUUGGCCAGCGCUUCCUGGGCAGCCUGGAGCACGGAGUCCAUAGGGCAUGAGCAGGGCCAGGGAGUCGGGACACUAGGUAUGGCAGAGCCCAUGGCAGCAGUCAGUGGCUAUGCCAGGGGGAUGUGGGCAGGGCUGGCAGCCUGGGGCCAAGAGGAUGUGACUGGGGGAGCUGGUUGGGAGCGGCUGACAUGACAGACCAAGCUGCGAUCCAAGUCCUCCUUUCCUUUGCCGCACGGCUGGGCUGAGCCUGCUGCCCACCCCCACGCAGAGCAGGCUGAGGAAGAGGAGAGACAGUGGGACUGGCCCCAUGGCCCAGACAACGUCAUGGACAGGGAGGUGGAUGCUGAGGAGCCUUCUGGGGGCCCAGCUACAGUCUCCAAGGGGGAGGGUGCCAGACACCCAGAAGGGCUGAGCGCUGGCCCCAGGGCUGCACAGGGAGCGUGUCAGGGUCACUCGGGGCAGUAGUGGUGGGGGCCCAGCUGAGGUUCCAGCUGGCGUUGGGUGCGAAGGGGUGGUUGGGGCACGGUGCGGUGCUGGGGGCACAGGGACAGCAUCAGGGCAGAUUAGAGCAGAGGGGGACAGGAUGGAGCUGUGCAGCACAAGGAGAGGGGGGUCACUGACCCACAGCUGUUCACUCCACAGAGCCUGGCCUGGGUCUGCAGCACAAGUGCCCACGAGGGAGGGAAGAAACCAAAGCUGCCAGGGAGUGCAUGGGCCUGGCUGCCCUGGGGCCCACGGCUCGGCAAGGGUCAGAGCCAACACACCAUGUCCUACCACAUUGCUGCUGAUGGAAUAAAUGCCCCACCCCCAGGUG